AUGAAAUUUCUUGCAGGUGUUUUCCCUUCUAAACCUGGUCAAGUUUGUCUUCUAAGAAAAUCACUCUAUGGUUUGAAGCAAACAUCUCGCCAAUGGUAUGCUAGACUUGCAGGGGCUCUAAGUUAUGAGGGUUAUUCUAGUUCAUUGAAUGAUUACUCUUUAUUCUACAAACAAACAGGUGCCCUAUCAUCUAUUAUUGUUGUCUAUGUAGAUGAUAUACUAUUAACAGGCGAUGAUGUCACAGAAAUCACACAGAUUAGUGACUUCCUGAGCACAGAGUUCAGAAUCCAACAUCUAGGGGACAUUCAUUAUUUUCUGGGGGCAGCUGUGUCUUCUCCACUUGAUCCUUAUGCAAAGCUUCAUGCUGACCUUGGGGCUCCUAUGAACAAUCCAACCAUCUUUUUCCACCUUGUUGGUAAGCUGAAUUACCUCACAAACACUAGGCCGGACCUCUCCUUUGCUGUCUUAUGCCUUAGUCAAUAUAUGCAGCAGCCUACUUUCCCACAUUUCUCAGCAACUCUACGGGUCUUGAGGUAUCUACGUUCAGAUCCUUCUCAAGGGAUUUUUCUAUCCGCAAAUCCCUCUUUUGAUUUGCUAGCCUUUUGCGAUGCCGACUGGGCAUCCUGCAGAGAUUCUCGUAGAUCUGUGAGUGAGUUCUUUGUCACACUUGGUGGAGCUCCAAUUUCUUGGAAAUCCAAAAAGCAGGUGUUUGUGUCUCUUUCCUCCGCAGAAGCAGAAUACCAUUCCAUGCGCAGAGUCACAACUGAGAUAACUUGGUUAGUUCGUCUCCUUGCCGAUCUCUCUACACCGGCGACUCUCCCAGUACCCACUCACUCUGAUAGUCAAGCGGCUAUCCAUAUCGCCAAAAAUCCCGUUUUCCAUGAGCGGACAAAGCACGUGGAGUUAGAUUGUCACUUCGUCCGUCAACAAUUCCUUUCUGGGAUCAUCACUUUAUCUUUUGUUCCAUCGGCACAGCAGCUCGCCGAUAUAUUUACCAAACCCUUAUCUGGGGCUUCUCACCGGGCUAUAAUGAACAAGUUGGGGGUACUCUCUCUACCUCCAACUUGA